UUUUUAUUAUAUGAUUAAUGUGAUUGUUUUAUUUAUUUUAAUAAUUUAAAGUUAAACAAAAAUUAUAGAUAAUGCACUAAUUUGUAUCAAAUCUUUAUGAUUCAAAAUCAUUAAUUGUCAUAUAUAUUUUAGCCACAUUAGGUACUUCUGUAAAUUUUUAUUUAAAGAAAGACUUGAGAAUAUUAAUAAUUAAUUUAUGGUUAGUUUAAUAAAAAAUUUAUUAUAUAUUUAGAUGGACUAACCUAUUUUUCUAAAGAUUCUAAGAAUCAUUGUGGUGAUGACACAUGGUUAACUCAAAUGUUGUAAUACUUAUAUUUUAAUAUAUAGAGGAUUGAUUUAUUAGUCAUAUAAAAACAAUAAAAAAGAAGUUGCCUCACAUGUCUUAACCAACAUUUACUAAAACUAUGUUUAUGUCUGGGCGGUCAAAAAAGUCUAACUAGUUUCUGAUCCUAUUGUCACACUUUAUUAUUCUUGGAUAAAAUGUCGUAAGAUUGUUUAUCUAUAUAUACCUCUCAACAUACCCAUUGCUUCUCCAAACACAUCUCAUCACUUUUCAACAGCUUAAAGUCUUAAACACUAAAUCAAGAUCUCUUUUUCUCUCUUUUUUUCGACCAUAAUCUCUUUGACUUAAAAUCAGAAAAAAUGAAACAGCUUUCGACAAAAGUGACAAGCAAUGGUCAUGGACAAGACUCAUCCUACUUCUUGGGAUGGGAAGAGUACGAGAAGAAUCCUUACGAUGAGAUCAAGAACCCUAAUGGGAUGAUCCAGAUGGGUCUUGCUGAGAAUCAGCUAUGCUUCGAUUUAAUCGAGUCGUGGUUAGCUAAGAACCCAGACGCAGCUAGCCUCAAGAGGAACGGUCAAUCCAUUUUUAAAGAGCUUGCUCUCUUUCAAGACUAUCACGGCAUGCCUGAAUUCAAAAAAGCAAUGGCUGAGUUUAUGGAAGAGAUAAGAGGAAAUAGAGUCACGUUUAACCCGAAAAAAAUUGUUUUAGCCGCUGGUUCGACCUCUGCGAACGAGACUCUCAUGUUUUGUCUUGCUGAGCCUGGCGAUGCUUUCCUCUUGCCUACUCCUUACUAUCCUGGAUUUGAUAGAGAUCUUAAAUGGAGAACUGGAGCUGAGAUUGUGCCAAUCCACUGCUCAAGCUCUAAUGGCUUCCAAAUCACGGAAUCAGCUCUACAACAAGCUUACCAACAAGCCCAUAAGCUUGGUCUCAAAGUCAAAGGAGUUCUUGUCACCAACCCAUCUAACCCACUUGGCACUGCGUUGACCAGACGUGAGCUCAACCUUCUCGUUGACUUCAUCACUUCCAAGAACAUUCAUCUCAUUAGCGACGAGAUCUACUCAGGCACCAUGUUCGGGUUCGAACAGUUCAUAAGCGUGAUGGAUGUCUUGAAAGACAAGAAACUCGAAAACACCGACGUUACUAAAAGAGUCCACGUCGUUUAUAGCCUUUCCAAGGAUCUUGGACUUCCUGGUUUCCGCGUGGGAGCGAUCUACUCCAACGACGACAUGAUCGUUUCCGCAGCUACAAAAAUGUCGAGUUUCGGUCUUGUCUCUUCUCAGACUCAGUACCUUCUCUCUGCAUUGCUCUCAGACAAGAAGUUCACAAGCCAAUACCUCGAGGAGAAUCAGAAACGGCUCAAGUCCAGACAGAAGCGUCUAGUGUCUGGUCUCGAGUCCGCGGGGAUUACUUGCCUGAGAAGCAACGCAGGUUUGUUCUGUUGGGUCGACAUGCGACACCUCUUGGACACGAACACAUUCGAAGCAGAGCUCGACCUCUGGAAAAAGAUUGUCUACAACGUGAAACUAAACAUCUCGCCCGGUUCGUCUUGCCAUUGCACCGAACCGGGUUGGUUUAGGGUUUGUUUCGCUAAUAUGAGCGAGGAUACACUCGAUUUGGCCUUGAAGAGGCUCAAAACAUUCGUAGAGUCCACAGACUGUGGACGGAUGAUAUCAAGAAGCAGCCAUGAAAGGCUCAAGAGUUUGAGGAAGAAGACAGUCUCUAACUGGGUUUUCCGGGUUUCAUGGUCCGACCGUGUACCUGAUGAGCGAUGAUUUUAUUCAUCUCCCUAAGUUUGAGACGACAAACACACAAAAAAAAAAAAAAACUUCCAAGGUUUCUUCUUCUUCUUUAUUUCCUUCAUUUUUUUUUUAUAUUUUGGAAAAGUAUUUUUCAUUUUCCAAGAUAUAUAUAAUAUCAUUAUGUAUGUGUAAUAUUCAUAAAUGUCUGGGUGAGUUUUUAUGCAAUUUUUCGUUCGGGUGUAAAAUCGUUAGUAUAAGUGUUGGUUGUUUAAAAAGUGCACUCAGUCCGAAUGUGGAUUUGCAGUGGCAAUAUAUAUAAAAUAUGUAUCCCGUUAAUGAAAAGUUUGCAUGUAUUGUGUAAUUCACUCUUUUAAUAUAUGAUAUUUAUUUGAUUUCGUAAAGUAUGUGCUUCUACCCUUUGUCAAAAAAUGUGCUUCUUUAAUUUUGAUUAAAUUCUGAAUCAAUUUCUGAAUCCCGUUAAUAAAAAGUUUGCAUGUAUUGUGUAAUUCACUCUUUUAAUAUAUAAUAUUUAUUUGAUUUCGUAAAGUAUGUGCUUCUACCCUUUGUCAAAAAAUGUGCUUUAAUUUUGAUUAAUUUCUGAAUCAGUUGUGAUAUAUUUGUUUUUUGACUAUGAGUCUGUAAUGACCGUUAACGUUAGUAAAGGACGUUAGUGAAGGCAAAUAUCAAGGAGGCCUAACUUAUUAUGUUAAAGUCUUGGACUAACCUUUGACUUUGGUACGUUACAUUGCAUAAGAUUUUGUCCGAAAAAAUCCGAGUAUUCGUGACCUGUUCCAUUUACUCGAACAUUCAUUUUUCUAAAUAUUUAUGGAUCAUUCGAUUCGAUUUAAUUUGUUAAUUAUAUUAGAUAAAAAAUACUUUAUGUCAAAAUAUUGAAUAAACAUAUUUUAUUCUUUACAACAUACCAUCAAAAACAUUUUCAAAAAGCAAAAAUAAAUCAAUGUCACAGAUCAUAAUAUGAUUAAUUUAAUAAAUUAACAUUUUAACAUAAAUUAUCAAACAAAUCAAAUAAUUCAGUGUAAACGAGUCUAAUAUAAAACAUAUGAAAGCAUUUGACUCAAAGAAAAAAUCAUAUUGGUAUGGAACUCAAUACUGAAAACAACUUCAAAACUGACCAAAUUUACACUAUAAAAUGUAUAAAUAUACAUAAGAUAUAUUAUAUAUCUAUAAACUUAUGGACUGAAUAUAUGAUAUUCAGCUUUUUCAAAAAUAGUAUUUAUGUUUUGCUUUAUUGUUUAUGAAUUUACAUUUUGAUAUUUGCUUUGCUCCAAAGCUUUACAAACAUCCAAAUAUUUUGAAUCGAAUCAAUACGAAAAACAUAUGGAAUCAAAUUUAACAGAAAUAAGCCAGUCUUACAACGUCACUUUUUGUUUUCUUGAACACAAGUUUAUAGUCACCAAAACUAAGAGCAUCUCCAACAAGUAUUACGAGGAGUUCUCAGUAUUAAAAAAAUAAAAAUAAAAAAUUAGGAAAGAAAGAGCAAAAAUUCUUAAUUUAGAGCUUUUCAGAAAUUGUCUACAUACUUAAGGGACAUAUAUCAUUUUACCAGAUAAAAUAAAUGAUUUAUCUAGUUUUAAGAAAAUGAAACAAAAAUGAAUGAUUAUAAUACUAAUAUUUUUUUAAAGAAAAAUUGAUGGACUCUAACCAAAGGAAGUGUUCUAAACUUUUCUAUUAAACCAAACUAGAUUCACUAGGUGAUGUAUUAUGUAUUAACUUUUCUUUUCAGGUCACAAGUUUGAAUACCAAUGACCAAAAAUAAAAUUAACCUAAUCUAAUCUCUGUGAAAAUAUUACAAACCUUUUUAAAAACAUAAAAUACUAUAAAACUAAGUUGUCGAACUUAUUUGUUGCCAAAAAGACUAUUUUGUUUACCGUUGGCCAGAAGAAAAGAAGUAAUCUACCUUACCUCAUUUAGGCAUUACUCUAUGAGAUAUUUUCAAGAUAAUUGCUUGGAUUCCAAAAGGUGAUAGUUCAUAUUUGGUUUUCUUACUUCUUCCUAACCUUUUGUAUUAACUUAUUUUGGAUCCCUCUUAUAUGGACAUCACUUAAAGCAGUAGUUCAUGGAGCCUUAAAGAUUUUCUUAGUGAAUCUGGAUCAGAUUACAAAUGUAUCCGUCAUAAAAUGCCAAUGAUAUUGACAUGAUAUUGUAAGAUUUAUACCAUACAAAUAUAAAUGAAUUUGAUGAAAUUUUUUGUCAAAUUUGAUGAGGAAGAAUUUUUUAAAAAUAAUUUAAUAGAAAUAAUCAAGUCUGAUGAAAUGAAAUUUUUUUUUAAAAUAAAAAAUCUUCUCAAUAGUGAAAAAUUCAAAGAUUAUCAUUUUUUUUCUUCAAAUAGAUCACCAAGGGAAGCCUAAACAAUUUGCAAGAUGCAGUAUUUUUAUUUUUCUACAACUUAUAGAAACAUAGUCUAAAUUUUUUCAGAAUAUAAAGAAAAUUUAAAAUUGUGCCAGUUGAUGUACAUAGAUUAACGAAAUCCGUAAUUUAACUUUUUAUUUUGCUAAGUCCUUAAGAUUAAGUAAAAAGAAGAAACAAAUUUGAUAUAGCAAAAUACUAAGAUGAACAAUCGAUCUGUAA